AUGUCCACGGCUAAUAGGCCACCCAUCAAUGAAGCUUCUUCCCCAGCCCUUCCUCCUGAAAUUAUUGCGGAAAUAGUCGACCAUCUGGACGCGGCUCAUGAUCUUGAAAGCCUUAGGGCGCUCUCCCAAACCGCCCAACAUCUCCUCCUUUACUGCAGAAAACACCUCUUCUCGUCAGUAACGCUCAACGACGCCUGUGUCAAGCGUUUUUCACGCGUCGUUGAGAAUUAUCCAAAUAUUCUCUCCAACAUCAAGCGACUGGACCUUUUCCUGACUUUCGACCGCCACAUCGCUCCUCGUCGAGCCCUCGUCAGAUAUCUUCCUCGGCUUGUGGGAGGGUUCUGUAGGCUUUCUUCGUUAUCUCUGGUCUUCAACCCAACGCUCCCACCUGAUUGGAAAAACAUCCCACAGUCUUUCAAAUCCGCAUCGUUUAUUUUAAUCCAAGCGCCGACGCUGACACGCUUGACACUCGGGCAUAUAGCCGGCUUCCCCAUCACAGCAUUCCUUCCUUGCGUUAACCUCGUCGAGUUAAAAUUUAACCGGGCGUCCAUUCAAAACGACCUCCCACUUUCUAAUCAACUAAAAAUGCUGCCAGGCCCCCCAGUGCGCUUGUCAACGUUUUCAUUUCGGGGCACUGAGAGGGGAACCGACGUCACUUCCAUGGAGGCGCUUAUUUACUCAAGGAGAAACAACAAGGAUUCAAUUUUCGAUUUUUCACGUCUUUCCUCCCUCACCAUAUAUUUGACGGUGGAGGAAGAUAUCGAGGCCGCUGGGAUGCUUUUAAUGAGCGUCGAACAAUUAGAAAUUAUGACAGGUAUUCAAAAGUCCUGCUUUGCCCAAUCAUGCCGAGUUUAUUGA